AUAGUGUUAAUGGUGAGGCAAAAAGCUCACUCAACUCCACUCUCUCUGUCUUCUUCUGACUGAUAUAAUAACUCAAUGCAUUCAUCACUCAUUCAAUACUCCCUUCCAAAUCAUCUUUUUAUUAAACCAAAUCACUUUUUAUUUAUAUAGGAGUAGUAAUUAUAAUUAUGAACAAAUCUAUUUAGCUAUCUAUAGACUAUAUAUAUGUAUGGUAAGUAAAAGGUUUCCAUAGUUGGGAGUUGUGGAAGUUAUAAAUGGAAAGAAAACAAGGUGGUGAAGAAAGGGUGCAGAACUCAAAGAUUACUAUAAAUGGAGAUGAUGAGAAUCUGUCUUUGCUAAAGAGAGAAAUUGCAUGCCACUCUUUGUUUAGCCUCAUGGUUGAAUCUCACCUCAACUGCUUGAAGCUAUGUUUAGGUAAAAUGGAGAAUAAUGAAAUAAAUAAUCCAAGUGCUGCACUUCCAAACCAGCAUGCCAACUUAUUCACAGCUGAUCGAUCAGAGUUGGACAAGUUUAUGGAGGCAUAUUGUGUGACUCUAAAGAAGCUAAAAGAAGAAAUGGAGGAACCUCAACAAGAAUCUAUGGAAUUCAUUAAUAUAAUGUAUUCUCAACUUGAUGACCUUCUACUUGACACUCCUUCCUCCAGAGGCAGCGAAACUCUAAGGUCGGACGAAGAGUAGAAUAAUAUUAAGUAGUUAUAUCAAAGGUUUGCAAUCAAAUUCAGACAAAAAACAAAAAUAGAUUAUGUUUCGGAUCCAGAGUUGAAGUUUUAUGUCUUGGUGGAUUGAUUGACUUGUGGAACUGAAACAUGUCCUGUAACUAUAACUAUUUUGGUUUAUUUUAUUGUAUUGUAGUAUUAUGUUUGUGUUUCUUCCUUCCUAAA